GUGUUCCACAGCUGAGAGGGGCGGGCGCUAUGAUAGUCACGCCCCUCCCCAGCAGUAUUUUAGCCCGCUCAGGUUGGUGCCGGAAGCCCACACGUCUGAGGGACACCUUGGAGCCACGCCCUUUUUCGGCGCUCUUGGCCAGGCUGAACGAACUGUAGCAAGCUUGGAGCCCGCCCCGCGGCUCGCGUGAAGAGAGCACCCUCCGGCUUCCAGCACUACUCCCUGCCUCCUAGCGGGCGGGACCCUGAGACGCUUGCCUUUGAGUGGAAGGCGGGAGAAUGGCGGAUUCCUCAGAACGGGACGCAGGUUCCUGCUUCCUGACCUGCUUGAGUUCCAGUCCUGACUUCCUUUGGUGAUGAACAGCAAUGUGGAAGAGAAGUCUGCAGCUGCUGGUGCUUGUGCUGUUCCCAAGACAAAGGGAAGGAGAGUGCAAGGAAGAAGAGUGGUGGAGUCCCGGUAUCUGCAAUAUGACAAGAAAGCAAAAAAGGUUUCUGGAGCGGCCAAAGAAGAGAAGCCACCUGAGGGAAGGAAAGCCAGCACAGUGCCUAGGAGCAGAGAAGAGAGCCAAGUGAUGGGGACAGGCAACCUGCAGUCUACCAUGCUAGAAGGGCAUGGCAUGAAUCCACCAGACCUAGACCUCUCUGCCAUCGACGACAAAAUCUUGUCCAGGAAGGCUUCUUGGCCAGACAGGGAAAUGACAGACAAAGCUAAGUCCACAUCUUUUAUCAGCUGUGACAAAAAAAGAAUCCUUCGGAAGAAAAGACGGGAUCUGCAGGAGACCAUGGACAUGAUGGAGUCACAGACACUGCUGAUGACCCUGCUGUCUGUGAAGAUGGAGAACAACCUGGCUCUGCUGGAGGAGAGGGCAGAGAAAGACUUGGCAGCCAUGUGCCAUGAGAAAGAGAGGUUGCAGAGGCAGGCACUGGAGCUUCGGCGCCAGCUGCUUCUCCGGCAGAAACAUCAGGAGCUGGCCGCCACCCUUGAUGCCCAGAUUGAGGUGCUGAGUCCUCUUCAGCCUGUGUUAGAGCGCUUCAAAGAGGAAUACAUGACACUGGGCAGAGCCCUGGACACCACGCGACACGAGCUGCCCAUGCAGGCUGUCCACAUGGAAGGAAGUGGGCAGGAGCUCCUAGAUGAUCUGGAGCCAGCCCUGAGGAUCACCCUGCAGCUCCUGGGUGAUCUGAGCAUCUGCUCCCCAUAUGCCACUGCACAGGUGCAGGGUGCCAGCGCACAGGAGCCUGGAGCCAGCACACAGCUGAGUUGUCUGCUGAAGGAACUGAAGGGCUUGGUCACUGAGAAAGACCUGGAGCUCCGCAGACUUGUCAGCCAGGUGGUAGAACUUUCCUCCCAGGCCAGUAAAGAAGCAGCUUUGAUGAACCAGGAAGUCUGGGAAGAGGCAGAGGGUGCCCUCACCAGCAGCCAGUGGUACUUCAGUCCAGAUGCCUGCAGGGAUGAUAGUCCCUCUUAGGACAGGAUGAAUUACAGCAGGCCUGACCCUUGAUUGCCUCAGGCAGCCUGUCCUACCUGAGUAUUUCCUAGCUGGCCUUUCUGCUCAUUUAUGUUUCCUCAUGCCUCCUCCUUGUGGACCGAAGGAAGUUUGGUGGUCCAGUAUUCUGAAAGCUUGUGCACUUUGGUUUUGGUUUGCUUUGGUUUUUGUCUUGAGGUGGGAAGAAACACCAGUCUUGGCCACACCAUCUGCUGGGUUUGGGUUCUAAACUGAGUAAAGAAAGCAAGCUGAGUACAGUGUGAUGCGUUUGUUCUGCCCGAUGCUAACUGCGUGUGUGACUAGUUAGUUAAGCAGCAUCCUUGACAAUGAUGGAUGCUAUUCCUGGGACUGGGAACAAAGUUACCUCUUCUUCCCCAGGAUUAUUUUGUUAGGGUAAGUUGACAUCACAGCAGGUGCUAUGCUCAGUUCUCAGGAACCCCAGGAGACUGCCAGAAAUUGUGAUACCUAUGUUACUGGCUGGUUUUGUGUGUCAACUUGACACAGGCUGGAGUUAUCACAGAGAAAGGAGCUUCAGUUGGGAAAGUGCCUUCAUGAGAUCCAGCUGUAAGGCAUUUUCUCAAUUAGUGAUCAAGGGGGAGGGCCCCUUGUGGGUGGGACCAUCUCUGGGCUGGUAGUCUUGGGUUCUAUAAGCAAGCAAGCCAGUAAAAAAACACCCUUCCAUGGCCUCUGCUUCCUGCCCUGCUUGAGUUCCAGUCCUGACUUUCUUUGGUGAUGGACAACAAUGUGGAAGUGUAAGCUGAAUAAACCCUUUCCUACAC